UGUAUGAGCGAGACAAAUACCUACUUCUUUCCCGCUUCUUUCAAUUCCAGAUAUCCACUAACGCCGCCCUAAUCGCUGUCACUAAUGGCGGACAAGAAGAAACGCCGGCGAGCAGCUCACGACUCGGACUCCGAUUCCGACGCCCUCCCUUUCAAAUCCAAGCUAAAACCCGAUUCCGUCAUCCUCCAAACCCUAAAAACCCUCAAGGUCUCCUCCGCCGCCUCUUCUUCCAAAACCCUAACCCUCGCCGAUGUUGGCCUCUCCACCACCUGUCGUGAAGUUACCGACCUCCCAAUCGACGAAGUACAAUACAAUAUUGGAUCAGUAAUGCUUAACCUCGCUCGUUCCAUCCUCGCCGGCGAAGGCUUCUCUUUCAACGUCCCUUCCCGUUCUUCGGCUAACCAACUCUACGUUCCUGAGCUCGACCGCAUCAUUCUCAAAGACAAAUCCUCCGUCCGCGCCUUCAGCAAUGUGUCUACUGUCCGUAAAACAACUAUUACCACUCGAAUCCUUCAGCUCAUCCACCAGCUUUGCACAAAAAACAUCCAUGUUACUAAGCGUGAUCUGUUUUAUACUGAUGUUAAGUUGUUUCAAGAUCAAACACAAUCUGAUGCUGUUUUAGAUGAUGUGUCUUGUAUAUUAGGGUGUACUAGAUCUAGUCUCAAUGUGGUUGCGGCUGAAAAAGGAGUGGUUGUUGGUAGGUUAAUUUUUAGUGAUGAUGGUGAUAUCAUUGAUUGUACGAAAAUGGGAAUGGGAGGGAAAGCUAUUCCUCCAAAUAUUGAUAGGGUUGGGGAUAUGCAGAGUGAUGCAUUGUUCAUAUUGUUGGUUGAAAAGGAUGCAGCUUAUAUGAGGUUGGCUGAAGAUCGGUUUUAUAAUCGAUUUCCUUGUAUAAUUGUGACUGCAAAGGGACAACCGGAUGUGGCAACUAGAUUGUUUUUGAGAAAGAUGAAAAUGGAGCUGAAUUUGCCUGUUCUAGCGUUGGUUGAUAGUGAUCCUUAUGGGUUGAAGAUUUUGUCGGUGUAUGGGUGUGGAUCGAAGAAUAUGUCAUAUGAUAGUGCCAAUUUGACUACACCUGAUAUUAAGUGGUUGGGGAUUAGGCCGAGUGAUUUGGAUAAGUAUAAGAUACCGGAGCAAUGUAGGUUGCCAAUGACUGAACAGGAUAUUAAGACAGGGAAGGAUUUGUUGGAGGAGGACUUUGUGAAGAAGAAUCCAGCAUGGGUUGAGGAGUUAAAUUUGAUGGUGAAGACUAAGCAAAAGGCUGAGAUUCAAGCGUUGAGCUCAUUCGGGUUUCAGUAUCUAUCUGAAGUGUAUUUGCCAUUGAAGCUGCAAGAGCAGGAUUGGCUAUGAGGGUUACAGUCUGUAAUGGCAGCUCCUGCAUACUUAUAUCUUGUAUGGUGAAAUUUGUAUUACUUGAAUUUUAUUGUAUGGUUUACUUUUUGUUGAUAUCAAACUUUCAUCAAAUUAGAGUUCAGCUUUUGUUAACCUGGAACUUGAUCUCUUCUUUUCUAAGAUUGGUGUUUUCCUUUA